AUGGCCACUUUUACUCACAUUGUUCUUGUUUUUGCCAUAUUUGUUGUGGUGCUUCUUCCAUUGACCACUAUGGCCACCGAAUACAUGGUGGGAGAUGCUAGUGGUUGGACCAUAAAUUAUGACUACAAAGCGUGGGUUAAAGAUAAAGUGUUCUACGUUGGUGACAAAUUGGUGUUCAAGUACCCAGUAAAUGUACAUAAUGUGUACAAAGUGAAUGCUAGUUCCUUUGCUACUUGCACUAUUCCACCACCUCGCACUGGCCUUACAUCUGGAAACGACGUUGUGACCUUGAUGACACCUGGCAAGAAGUGGUACAUUUAUGGUGUGGAAGAACAUUGUGCUGACUUUAACCAAAAGUUAGUGAUCGAUGUCCAAUCAAUGACUCCAGCACCCGCACCAAGCACUGGAACCAAGUAUGACUCUAAGACUUUCAUGUCAAUGGUCAUCUUUAUUUUGGCAACGAUAGUCAUGGUUUAA